AUGAUUCCUUAUUCAAAGGUUUUUUGGAUUUGAUUAUUUUAAGUGCACUUUUUCUUUUUCUGAUUUUAACAUGAGUUUAUUUGGGCUUUUUUUAAAGAAUGUUUUCAGAAGAAACGAUAUUGAGAAAACAUCAAAUGCGAAUAGAGAAUGCAAAAAGAAAUUGGUGAAGCAGUUUAUUCGCUGGUACUACCAACGGGCCCACAUUAUUCCCCCACGCUAGCUGUCACGCCGGGACUUAUUGGACAACGAUUGUGGACCGCAACCCGUACCAACGACUAACUCUUCGAUUAAACCAUGAUUCAGCAGAGAUUUCUUCUACAUCUUACUCUGAAGACUGAAUAAAUUGUAAUUGUAAUUGUAAAAAGAAAUUGUGCAUACAACCAAAUAUAACUCUUGUAAUACUACAUUUCUUUUAUUGUGAUUAUUGAAAAAACAGUGGAUUUUCACCAAAAUAUAGUGCCAUAGCAAUCAGUCAUUAAAUGUAUGCCUAAUAUCUGCAUUUAAAUCUCGGAAGCGUAUGUUGAGUUGCUCAGAAAGACAUUUCCUGGGUCGGGAGCCGAACGGAUGUCGGCUCGAGCGAUACCAUCGAUCUGCUGCUGAAGUGGCCGAGAUCCUACUCGCAGCGGCGGGUCAGCCUUGCCGCCAGCGACGCGCCGCCUAUCCAGUCCCGAAUCGAGUUCUCCGGCCGUCGGUACAAAAGCCUCGUGUCCAGGGGCGGUUUCCUCGGACGUUGGCUGUCAUCUCAGCGACUUCGCCCAACCGAAAGCACUCCAUUCGAGAGAAUGGACGCCGUCAAGGAAACCGACGAGCAGCGACAGAUGCGACGCAUCGCGUUCGUCGCCGUCGUUGUCUCUACCGCCGCCGUCAUCGCGUCCGUUGUCACGCUUCCAAUGCUCUACAACUACGUUCAGAGCUUCCAGAGCCAUCUCAUGGUGGAGACUGACUAUUGCAAGGUUUGCCUCAAGUUACCAUUUCUCUUUUGAAUGCUCGUUCUCAGGCUCGUUCGCGAGACAUGUGGUUGGAGAUGACGGCUCUGCAAGCCGGCAAGGGAAUGGCUCACCGACAGAAACGCGCCUGGCUCUUCGGUCAGUGGAUUCCAGAGAGCAGCGCUGGCGGUGGUGCUGGCAGCAACUACGGCGGCGGUGCCUCCGGAGGUUCGCCUUCCUUUCAGUUUCUCGAGCAAUUUUCUUUUCUAGGCUACAACGGAGGUGGCGGUGGCGGCGGCGGCGGAGGCAGCAACAGUGGUUAUGGCGGCUACGGAGCUGCUGUGAACGCUGAGCCAGCUGCCGUGUGCUGCACUUGCAACCAAGGAGCCGCCGGACCAGCUGGACCUGAAGGAGCUCCAGGAAACAAUGGAAGAGACGGCAAGAACGGCAAGGACGGAAAGAACGGACGCGACGCCGAAAUCCUGCCAGCUCCUGCUUCUGAGCCGUGCGUCAUCUGUCCUCCAGGACCUCCAGGACCAAUGGGUAUGUUGAUUUGUUCGAAUUUCUGAUUUCAACCUAAAGCUGUGAGGCUCAGGAUUUCAAGUUUAAAAAUUUGGGAUUUUUUCAUUGAAUUUGUAGCGAAGAACUAGUCUGGUGGUAUUUGAACUCAAAAAUUCUCAUCUGCAAUAUCAUGUAUGGAGCUUGCACUUUAUCUGGAUUCAUCGAAAAAUCUUCCAAUUUUUCCCCAAUGAUACCAUUUCCAGGAGCCAUGGGACCAAAGGGACCACCUGGACCAAAGGGAUCCCCAGGAGAGCCACCAAAGGACGGAACCCCUGGCGAGGACGGCAUGGCUGGACAGCCUGGACCAAUCGGCAGACCUGGUCGCGACGGAAUGAAAGGAGCUCCAGGAGCUGCCGGACGCCUCAUCCCAGUUCCCGGACCUCAAGGUCCUGCCGGAAAGCCUGGACCAGCUGGACCACCUGGACCCAAAGGAAACCCAGGUCCAGAUGGGCAGUCUUACCAAGGACCACCAGGACCACCUGGAGACUCUGGAACACCAGGACCUGAAGGACGUCCAGGACCAAACGGACCUCCAGGACCUCCAGGAGACGACGGCGAGAAAGGCGACUGCACCCACUGCCCACGUUAGUUCCUUUCCUGAGAUUGCUAAAUGGAACACAGUUCUCCAAACUUCAUUUUUUCAAUAAUUUUCUACUUUCAGCGCCACGUACGCCGCCAGGCUAUUAG